AAAGGAGUUUACACUGUUACCGUUUUGUGGUUUUCCCAGCACACAUGGAAUCUUUAGCAGUCGAUUCACUGUCCACGUUACAAGUGUCUUCGAUUAUGAGACAUCUAUCCGAUUAGAAAAUGAAGAAUGAAAUUGCUGCGAGUGAAGCGACUAGCAAUGACAUUUUGUAUUCUUGCUUGUCACAAAUAUUUGGCCGUGUUUUUGGAAUAUGUCGCAACUUCCGAGGAUGUGGUGAGACAGGAGUCUAAGAAUACAGCUUAAACUGCUGUAUAUUUCAGUUCGUUUUCCAGUAUCACAGAGGACAUCAAUAUUUACUUUGCAUCAAUAUGGACAACGCUGAUGCAACAGAAAAAUUUUACGUCCAACUUCAUCGACAUGGAGAGUAGCGGCCACCAGGCGAUCAACGGCUCGUGGACGGGAGUGAUGGGGGCGCUCACCACCGGCGCCGCCGACGUCAGCGCGACGCUCUCCUACAUGAGCUCGCAGCGCGCGCACUCCGUCCGCUUCAUCUACCCCCUGUUCUCCACCAAGUUUGUGGCGGUGGUGCAGCAGCCGCGCUCGGCCGCGGGCUGGCGCCUGUACGGGUCGCCGUUCGAGGCGCGCCUCUGGCUGGUGAUGGCGGUGAUGCUGGCCGCCGCCUCAGCCCUCAUGUACUUCACCGUCCGCACUGAUGCCCGACUCCAGCCGCACUCUCCUCACCGGCCCAACAUCGACGUCGUCGAUGCUAUGCUGCUGGUACUGGGAAUACUUUGUCAACAAGGGCUGAGCGGGCACGAGCUGCGGUCGGCCGCGUCUCGGCUGGCGGCGCUGUCGGUGCUGGUGCCGGCCGUCGUGCUGAGCGCCGCCUUCUCGGCCAAGCUGGUCUCCUCGCUGGCCGUGCGCCGCGUCGAGAGCGCCUUCUCCAACGUCGACGAGAUGCAGCGGCUGGGCCGCUUCCGCUUCGCCGUUAUCGAGCACUCCGCCGCUCACGUCAUAUUCCUGACGUCUAGCGACGAGACGCUGCGCGCCAUCUACUGGUCGCCGCUGCUGGUGCUGCCGUCGCGCGCCGCUGCCCUGCACUGGGUGUGCUCCGACUCGAGCAACGUGCUCGUCGACGGCGGCUCCUACCUCUCCGGUCACCUCGGCGACAUCGCCUGCACGCUGAUGGCCGUGCCGCUGGACAUGCCCGGCAUCACCAUCACUGCCGCCGCCGCCCCAAACAGCUCCUACGGCGACUUCUUCAACUACGUGUACGCCAUGUCACUUCUCACUCACACCUCACCUUUUGGACAAAAGGCGCUCCGCAUUUUAACUGCAGCAAUAAUGUUCCAGCUCUCUACAGUUCGAAAGUAGCUCCGACUUGUACUUAAGGCAGACAGGAUAGAGACAAUCCUCUAAGCACUAUGUGGUAAAGUUGCAACUAAUGUGGCUCUGACAGA